UUUAUCAAUUUUCUCACUCUCUGGUGUCCAUACUGUUCCAAAUAAAUCUCUUUGCCAAUCUGUCAGUUUUAUUUUGUUAUGUACUAAUUGCGAAUCUGAUGCGUGGAUACUGUUCAUGUAUGAUGAAUUUGUAGCCUUAUUUUUUCACUUUUGAUAGCGUCUUUUUCACUGAUCUGGUGCUGAUGAUUUCACACUUUUCUUUGAUCUUGAAGAGGAAGUGAGCUUUGGUAUUGGGGAAGAAAUUACAACUGAUGAUGACGAUGAUGGUAGUGAAGAAGAAUGCGACCCCUUUGACCAGAGAGAGAAAGAAAGACAAAAGAGAGGGAAAGUGAGAAAGAAAGCCAAGGAUGGAGAAAAGAUGUCCCCUUUGACGGGCAUUGUUGCUUGUGCAUUGUCGAUGAGAGAGAGAGCGAAAGAGAGAUAAGUGACUGAGUCUCUGAGAGAGAGAGAGAGAACCGCUUACCCCCUAUAUCUUCCGCACGCGCUUCUUGUACUCCGGAUGUGAUGGGUCUCUUGGAAUUUUAAGGGUCUCUGUCUUCUCUUUCUUAUCAAUAAUCUUUGUCAAUCUUCUUUAGGCAUUUUCCAAAGAGCGUUUUCGACAGAAUGCAGAUGUACCAGCCCUCUAGUCGGAGAAGAGACGGGGGCGAUGGGAAGCUCGAUUUGGGCGGCAGUGGGCAAGUGUUGGGUCUGGAGACCGCGGUGAAAGAUGGCAUUUUGGGCGGAGAUGCCGCCUUCUUCGGCGGUGGUAUCACCGAUAAAUUGGACUUGAAGAAGAUGGUCGCGGACCUCGAACCCAUAGAUGUUCCCUCUGUGUUUAUCUGCCCGAUCUCUUUGGAGCCGAUGCAAGACCCCGUGACCCUUUGCACGGGCCAGACCUACGAGAGAUCCAACAUUCUCAAAUGGUUAUCUUUGGGCCACUUCACUUGCCCCACCACGAUGCAGGAUCUGUGGGACGAUUCGGUCACGCCGAACACAACUCUGCACCAGCUUAUUUACAGUUGGUUUACGCAGAAGUACAUUGCGAUGAAGAAGAGGUCGGAGGAUGUGCAAGGCAGAAGUGUGGAGCUUUUGGAGACGCUGAAGAAGGUUAAGGGUCAAGCUAGAGUUCAAGCUCUUAAAGACCUGAGGCAGGUCGUUGUUGCUCAUGCUUCGGCGAAGAAGACUGUGGUGGACAAUAACGGUAUAGCCUUGGUUUCUUCUCUGUUAGGCCAUUUCACUUCGCAUGCAGUGGGGUCGGAGGCAAUUGGGAUUCUUGUGAAUUUAGAUCUCGACUCGCAGUCGAAGGCCAAUUUGAUGCAACCCGCGAAGAUAUCGUUAAUGGUGGACAUGCUGAAUGAGGGAUCCAUUGAGACCAAGAUCAAUUGCACGAAAUUGAUCGAAACGCUGAUGGUUGGGAAGGAUUUUAGGUCGGAGAUUGUCUCAAGCUUGAGUCUUUUGAUGGGGUUGUUGAGGUUGGUGAAGGAUAAAAGACAUCCAAACGGGGUCUUCGCCGGUCUCAGUUUACUGAAAACAGUUUGUUCUCACGAGUCCAUUCGGAUGUCUGUUGUGAGCAUUGGAGCAGUCCCCCAAUUGGUUGAGCUCCUGCCCAGUUUGAAUAAUGAGUGUUUGGAAUUGGCUCUAUAUGUGCUAGAAGUACUAUCCACUCUUCCAGAAGGAAGACUGGCUUUGAAAGGUUGCCCAAACACGAUACCGAAUGUGGUGAGGUUAAUGAUGAAGGUGUCUGAGAGCUGCACUCAGUUUGCACUGUCAAUCUUGUGGGCUGUUUGCAAGCUUGCCCCAGAGGAAUGUGCCGCACUUGCUGUGGAGGCAGGUUUGGCGGCUAAGCUCCUGCUUGUAAUUCAGAGUGGUUGCAAUCCGAUUAUGAAGCAACGGUCUGCUGAGCUCUUGAAAUUGUGUAGUCUAAAUUACACACCUACUAUCUUCAUUUCCAAGUGUAAGCUUACAAGAACGAUACAAUGAAGGAACAAAGGCAAGUUGUUGAUAUACAUCUCACUUAUUUUUCCCCUUCGGCCUUGGGGACCAAGGGACCAAAGGACUUGUUGGACCUGCAGAUUUGAGGCCCAGAUUCAUUGGGUUUCUGAGGUGUAAGGUUCAAUUUCAGAUUUAGAAGGAAUGAUCGAUCUACUUCCAAAAAUGGAAGUUCGUGAUAAGUAAGAGUUGAACCUUUUUACUCAAAAGUUUUGCACAAAUUCUUAAUCACAAAGGAAAUAAAAUGCUUUACGUGCCUAUUUGAUAUGUACAUAAAGCACACUCCAUUCGGCAUGAUAUCUACUGUAUUUACUUUCAUCUCUCUGUAAUUUGUGAGCAACCCUAUCCACAAGAUGCCAUAAUAUAUUGUACCGUAUGAGAAAUAGGAGGGCCCUUUAAUCUUGGGCACUUUA